AUGGCACCAAGCAAAUCAGAUAUCCAAAUUGGCUGGUUCGUUACAGUAGCAUGCGUUGGUGUAUCAUCUGGCGAACACAUUAUGCCGAAGCUGCCAAACACUCUUAUUGGCAAAUCUCAGUGGAUGGUUGAGGGAGGAGUAAAUAUGUACUGGGAAAAUGUUCAAUCAUGGCGUCCGCCUAAUAUGUCGCGGGAACGCUAUAUUGGGCAGUAA